GGAGGAGGAACCGCGUGAUGCGCGGGUGGUGAAGGAGCUCCUCCGGUCGAUGGGGGUGGGAGAAGGGGAGUACGAGCCCCGGGUGGUCCACCAGUUCCUGGAGUUGGGCUACCGCUACGUCGUCGACGUGCUCUCCGACGCCCAGGUCUACACCGACCAUGCCGGCAAGCCCUCUAUUGACCCCGACGACGUCCGCCUCGCCAUCCAGUCUAAGGUCAACUUCUCCUUCUCCCAGCCCCCGCCACGCGAGGUCCUACUUGAGUUAGCAAGUAAGAGAAACAAGAUCCCACUGGCCAAGUUGACCACACCACCUGGGGGGGUUCCUCUGCCACCAGAGCAGGACAUCCUGAUCAGCCCCAAUUACCAGCUGCUGAUACCGAGGAAGCAGUCUCCCCAGGUUGAGGAGAAUGAGGAAGAUGAAGAUGGUUCCAAUCUGAACAGAAACCCUAAUUUGUUGCAAAGGCAGAGGAGUAGCAAUGACCAACAAACUCAGCAACAGACAUCACAGAAGGUGUCUUUCCCUCUCACUGCAGCUGCUGCAGCAGCAAAGCGACCAAGAUGAGAGACCGAGAGAUGGAAAAAUGAUGUGAUGUUAUCUUCUUUUUUUUUUUUGAACCAGUGGGAAUCUAAUUUCAUGCCAUUGUGUAGAAGUAGAAAAUUAUGAAAACAAUUUAUUGUCUGAUUCUAUCAUUCUCUUUUAUUGAUGAAACUCUCCAGCACCACUGUGGCAAUGUACAAAACCAUCCUGCUUUAUGGCAUGUUUCUUUUGUUGCU